AUGCAGAAUCCUGUCAAGAAUGAAUAUGAUGAUAGUCAGAAAGUUGGUCCAAACGUUCAUCAAGCAUCCCAAUCACGAAGUCCACCACAAAUCUCUGCUUCGUCUCUGUCGUCACAUCACUAUCUGACCCCACAACUGACCAUAUCACUGCAACGAUCACAUCCCUACCCAAUUGCAGCCACUCAAAAAGAUCAAUUACUUCCACAACCGCAGCAACAACAACCUGGACCUCCUCAAUCUCAAGCCCAACAACAAACCCAACCACAACCACAGCCAAACAAGUUCUAUCCAGCAUAUUAUCCGGCCGCCCCUCCAGCACAAACAGCAUAUUAUCCACAAAUGCACCCACCACCACCACCACCUCCAGGUAUACCUGGCCAUUAUCAGUAUGCUCCUCCUCCUAAUUCUAAUGGUGCUAUUUUACAACAACAAGUUCAACAACCAUAUCCUCAAAUGUAUCAACAGACUCAAUUAGCACAACCUCAACUUCCACCUCCUGGGGUAAUCCCCCCAGCUCCUAUAGAAGUUGAACAUAUUCCAUCUCAAGGUAAAAAGCGACCUGUAUCAGCUUCAAUCCCUCCCACACGUAAUUUAAUCAAUUAUCCUCGAAAAAGGGCAUUAACCGCCUGUGAUUCAUGUAGAUUGAAAAAGAUAAAAUGUGAUAACAUCCGUCCAAGAUGCGGUUCUUGCACCAAAAAUGGUAAUACAAAUUGUCAUUACAGGACAGAUGAUCAACUGAAAGAUAAUUCAAAUGGAGAUUCAGGCUCAACAAAUAUUAUGAAAAAGCUAGAUACUAUUUUAAAAGAUCUUAAUGAUUUAAAGAAAAAUGCUGGACUACCGAUUACAACUCCUGAAGAAGAAGAAGAAUCCUUUAAUAAUGAACGCAAAAGGCCCAGAGUUUCUUCUGAAUUAAAAUUUGAUGAUUGCUUUUGGGAUAUGUCUCUUACAUCGAUUCUUAGGUGGAGAUCUUUCAAACAUUUUACUGGUGAAACUGCCGAAAAUAUUAGUGCAAUAACAAAUCAAUUAGUAAAAGAUUAUAAUAUUAAUGAUAUACCAGUGAUAAAAACUGCUCCAUUAGCUGAAAGAAUAGUUAUUGCUAAUGCUUUGGAUACAUUAAUAAAGGAAAAUCUUUCUACUAUUAUAAAUUCUUUCUUUGUUAAUUGUUUUACAAAAAUUCCUAUCCUAGAUACCUUAGAAUUCUUUGAGAUUUUAGAAUUAUAUAAAUGUUUGAUUGCAUAUGAUAAUUCUUUAACUUUUAUGAGUUUAUUAGAGACAUAUGAUGCAAGUAAUCCAUCUACAGAUAAUAUUCCGAAAUUUGUAUAUGAUGCUUUAAAAGCAUCAAAUCUUGAAGAUACUCCCUAUCGUCGUCUAGCUUAUAGAUGUUUAUGUGAAUCAGUACCUGUAAUACUAGCAAUUUGUGCUUUGGGAGUUAUUUCAACUAGUAUCCAAUUAGAUAACUUAGCUAAAUUUAAUACUUCAUUUGAAGAAAGAUCUUCUAUAGCCACUGGUUGUUUAUCCAAUGAUUCAUCAUUUAUUAAAGUUCCUGCAAAUCUUCCUCGUGAUAGAUCAGCAAUAGCAUUCUUACUCAUUAACUAUGCUACAUUUUUGGAAUCAGCUUUUCCAGAUGCCAUUACACCAAGUUCCUUGAAUGCAUCCACUUUCAAUUUAUUGUUAAGUCAAUAUUAUUUAUACAUCAUGUGUCCAUUAAGAGCUUAUAGAUACAUUUCAAAUGCAUGUCAACAUGUUAUGUAUUUUAUAAUCCAAAAAAAUGUUAACAAUACAUUCAAUGCACCUUCUAUUGAUACCAAUAAACGAGAUAUAGUUGAACGAUUAUUUUGGAUGUGCUUGAAAUUAGAAUGUGAAUUAAGAUUAGAAUUAUCUCCAUACGUCCCCUUAUCAGGAAUAACUCAAGUAACCCCACCAUCUUCUUUUCCAAAAAUCCCAGAUCCUAUGACAUUAUCUAUAAAGGAAGCUCAUAGUGAAGCUUGUAUAAGGUUAGCCAAUAAAUAUGAUGAUGAAAGAACAUGGUAUUAUUUUUUAACAGAAAUAGCCGUUAGAAAAGUUGAUAAUAAAAUGUGUGAUGAAAUGUAUUCUUUUGAAAAUGUAAACAAUAAUACAUGGGAUACAGAACAAUUUGCCAAUGAAACAGUAUGGAGUACAUUUAUUAAAUAUUUGAAUCAAUAUAAUGGUAUUAUUAAUUCAUUAAAUCCACAAAUCCGGAAUUUUGUAUUACAAGAAGUUAAUGUUGAUCAAAUUCAUAGAAGAAUGAAGAAGAAGUAUGAAAAGAAACAAGCAAAAGUAUCAGUUGAUAGUGAUAUAUUUGAUAGUUUGGAUGAUUUUUUAAUUGAUGAUGAUUUACUAUUACGUGCUCAAUCUGAAUCUAUAAUGUUUAUUAAAACAAGAAUUGUUUUAUCAAAGCUUUUAUUAUUCCGACCAUUGGUAUACUUAGUUUUAGAAGAUAAAAUAUCUGUUAUAGAAUUACUAGAGGCUACCUUAUCAGUAGUAAGUACUUCUACGAGUAAUUCAUCUGCAAAUACAUUAAAUUCUGUUGAAUCACCCGAUUCAUUAAGUUCUAAUUCGAAUCCAUUAACUGGAGCUUCUAUACCAUCUGAUGCUGAAAUGGAAAUGGAUUAUUUCAAUAUAAUUAAUGCACCAUUGUUUUAUCAAAAACAAUAUCCUGAUGAAGAUUUCUCUGACCUUAUUGAAUAUCCUCCAAAGGAGAAUGGUUCAAAAUCAGAUGAUGAACUGGAAGAAAAUUCUGAGGAAAAUUUCAAAUUAAAAGAUAUUUCUUCAGCAAGAGUAAGAAUUAUGAGGAUAUUUGUACAAAAUUUAAUAUCACUUCCAAAAUUAAAUAUUCCAAAACUUGGAUCUUAUAGACAUCCAGGAUCUUGGUAUUAUUUAAGAAAUUUAUUUAUUGGGAAUGUAUUUCAAUUUCUCUUGUAUAAAAAGAUUACUGAACUGCUUAAACAUGCUAUUACAGAUGAAACAUUCAAACAUUUAACAACAGGUUUACCCGAUAUUUCAUCUCCAACAGAUUUAAUUAAUAUGGUUAACGUAGUUCUUUCAAAAGAAUCAAUUAUUACAGGUUAUGAACAUUCAUUAAUCAUAUUUAGAUAUUGGAUGGAAGAAUCAAAGGACUUAGCCAGAGUUAUGAAGAAAGCAUUACCUGAACAUGCAAAACUCUCAAAGGAUUCAAAAGAAUGCAUUCAAGAAUGUGUAUCUGAGUUUAUAUCAUUUAUAACAAGUCAAGCAAUCGACAAGUGUGGAUUAGAGAAGAGAAAGACUCUUAAUGGUGAAGACAUACUCUGGGCAAUGUUCACAUUAGGAUUUGAGAAUUAUUCAGAAACUUUAAAGAUAUACCUUGCCAAGUAUCGACAAUAUGAACAAGAACAAGCACUAAUGAAACCACCUAGAAAGAGAAAACAAAGAAGAAGUAGAGUGACUAGUACGAGGAAGGUACGGAAGCCCAAACAACAUGUGGAUGGAGAGGAUGAAGAAGAGGAAGGACUCAUGCAUGGUGAUUAUGAUGAUCAUGUGGAGGAGGAGGAAGAGUACUUGUAUGAUUUAGAAGAGGAUGAAGAUAUAGAGCAAGAACUCGAAGAGAACGAAGAACAACAAUUCCAAGAAGAUGACGCAACAGCAGAAAGUGAAUCUAGCGAAGGAAUUUCCCCCAAGAGUACGAUAGUCACUACACAACAAUUCAAGCAAGAGGCUAAUGGAAUGUACAAUUUUGAAUUUCUGGGUCUGACCCGAUCUAAAGCUAUACGACUGAAAAAUAGUGUUAGUCAGGAAACCGACAUAUUAGAUCAAUAUUUAAUGACAUCAUCCAGCCGAUCAAAUAGUCAAGACGAUGACAUGUCAACGUACCACCAGUACACUAAUAAGGUUUAG